AUUGCUCAUGAUGCCGGUUGGAGGCUUCGCUGAAGGCCACAUGCAGUAGGGAUAUUCCUUGUAUUUAAAUAACUGCAACGAAACAUAAAUGCAAGAUGAAUACUAGUGUUAGAGUUGUGAUAGCCUCCGUGCUUUCCCGAAGAAUUGUUACUCGACCGUUUCAUGUUCGCAAAAUCCAAAAGAGUUUUUUUGCAACAUCAUCUGAAGAUGGUUCUUCAGGUCCACCAGUUGACUCUGCAGGUUCACAAAGAAUAUCUUUUUCUGAAAGUUUGAGAAAAAUGAGAGAAAAUUCUUCUUCUCAGAAAGAAAACACAGUCCUGGGGAGUUCAUCAUCUGACAGUUCAGAUUCUAGUGAUUCAUCUGAUGAGGAAAUUUUACUGCAUGGUAAAACAGGACAUGGUGACUUCUCCAGUAGAUCCUCUAAACCUGUGGUCAGGAGUGAAGACAUGCUCAGAACCACUGAAUCGGAUCCAUCACAUCAUACCGUGGAUCAGGAGGGAUUAUAUUACACAGUCAGCAAUGAUGAUCAGAAGUUGUAUUUUCCAAAUUUUAUUAAUCCAUUUCUCAGAGAACAGACAGAUGCAUUCGGAGAACUGUCAUUGAUGAUUCGCAAACCAGCAUUGGAAAUAAUUGACAUUAUUAAAAACAGCAGCUACAACUGUCCUUUGCCAAAAUUUAUUAUUUAUGGACCAAGAGGAGUUGGAAAGACAUGCACACUAAAUCAUGUGAUGCAUUAUUGUGGCAAACAAAAGCAUAUGCUGCUUCAUAUACCAUGGGUGAAAGAUUGGACAAAGUUUCACACAUCAUCCACUCCAUCACUGACUAAACCCGGCUUCACCAAUCUGCCUGAACAAGCUAAUAGCUGGAUCUCCUAUUUUGCGGCCAUGAAUGCUCCACUGAUAAAGGAGUUGAAGGUAACAAAGAAUAUUGAAUGGACAAAAAAAGAAGUUACAGAAGAAGGAAGUCCUCUCAAAUCUUUGUUAGACUUUGGUGUGUUGCGACAGAAAUACUCUGAUGAUGUGGUGGAUGUGUUACUUGAUGAAGUGAUGAUUCAUGCUUCAAACAACAAAUUCAAAGUUCUUGUUGCUAUUGAUGGCUUAAAUGGAUUCUACAAACCUAGUACAGUCAGAGAGCCAUUAGAAAAGCAUAUAUUUAUCCAUGCUGAAAAAUUACGCCUGGUGGACAGUUUCAAACGUCUCCUUAAUUCUGGCAAUAAAAACAUUGUGGCUGUUUGUACUGUAUCAGAAGAGAUCAACCAACAGAAUGAGAGAGAAAAGUUUACACCACUUUAUUUACUUGGAAAAGAAGCUUUUCAAGAACUGGAACCCAUCAUCCCAAUUCAUGUUGGGAAUUACACAGAGAAAGAAGUAAAUAACUGUCUAGAUCAUUACGAGGAAAAAAAGUGGCUUCAGAACCCAGCAGCAAAAACAGAUUUAGGGCACCAACAGAUCAAAUUCCUGACCAACAACAACCCAUUUGCUAUUUCCAGAAUAUGUGGAGCAAAUUGAUGUAUGGAACUUUGAAUAAAGAAUUGAUAGAUAAACUGUUAGUGCUGAAUGGUAUAUUGUGUGUUCAUAUAUGGAGAAAGAGGAAUCAUGAUGGAUGAAACAAUAUUGUUUGAAUUUAUUUUAUAUGUGUUUUUAAUUUUGAGGAAAAAGUAAUAAACCAGACAUAAGAACAUC